GGCGGCGAAGGGGCGGCCGAGCCCCCCCGGGAGUUACGCUGUAGCGACUGCAUCGUGUGGAACCGGCAGCAGACGUGGCUGUGCGUGGUGCCUCUGUUCAUCGGCUUCAUCGGCCUGGGGCUCAGCCUCAUGCUCCUCAAAUGGAUCGUGGUGGGCUCCGUCAAGGAAUACGUGCCCACCGACCUGGUGGACUCCAAGGGGAUGGGCCAGGACCCUUUCUUCCUCUCCAAGCCCAGUUCCUUCCCCAAGGCUAUGGAGACCACCACCGCGACCACUUCCACCGCGUCUCCCGCCACCCCCUCCGCCGGCGGCGCAGCCUCUUCCAGGACGCCCAACCGGAUUAGCACCCGCCUGACCACCAUCACGCGGGCACCCACUCGCUUUCCCGGGCACCGGGUACCCAUUCGGGCCAGCCCGCGCUCCACCACGGCACGGAACACUGCGGCCCCCCCGACGGUCUUGCCCACGACAACCCCUUUCUUCACUAGCAGCACUCUGGGCUCCCGACCCCCGGUGCCAGGAACCCCCAGUACCCAGGCCAUGCCCUCCUGGCCCACUGCGGCAUACGCUACCUCCUCCUACCUUCAUGAUUCUACUCCCUCCUGGACCCUGUCUCCCUUUCAGGAUGCUGCCUCCUCUUCCUCCUCCUCAUCUUCCUCCUCCACUACCACCACCACGCCGGAAACUAGCACCAGCCCCAGAUUUCAUACGACAACAUAUUCCACGGAGCGAUCUGAGCACUUCAAACCCUGCCGAGACAAGGACCUUGCCUACUGUCUCAAUGAUGGCGAGUGCUUUGUGAUCGAAACCUUGACCGGAUCCCAUAAACACUGUCGGUGCAAAGAAGGCUACCAAGGAGUCCGUUGUGAUCAAUUUCUGCCGAAAACUGAUUCCAUCUUAUCGGAUCCAAAGAGUGAAGAAGUGUAUCAAAGGCAGGUGCUGUCAAUUUCAUGUAUCAUCUUUGGAAUUGUCAUCGUGGGCAUGUUCUGUGCAGCGUUCUACUUCAAAAGCAAGAAACAAGCGAAACAAAUUCAAGAGCAGCUGAAAGAGCCACAUCAUGCUAAAAGCUACAGUCUCAAAGCGUCCAGCACUUUGGCAAAGUCAGAGAACUUGGUGAAGAAUCAUGUCCAGCUGCAAAACUAUUCAAAGGCGGAAAGGCAUCCUGUGAUGGCACUGGAGAAAAUGAUGGAAUCAAGUUUUACCGGCCCCCAGUCAUUCCCAGAGGUCCCUUCUCCCGACAGAGGAAGCCAGACUGUCAGACACCACAGGUACAGCAGGAGUCUCUCCUUUUGCUGCAGCCCAGGGCAACGCAGUGGUAUGCUCCACAGAAAUGCCUUCAGAAGGACACCCCCGUCUCCCCGAAGUAGGCUGGGUGGAAUUGUGGGACCAGCGUAUCAGCAGCUUGAAGAAUCAAGGAUCCCAGACCAGGAUACGAUACCUUGCCAAGGGAUAGAGGUCAGGAGGACUACACCCCACCUGCCUAUACAGCUGUGGUGUGUUGAAAGAUCCGUGGACUUAAAGUAUUCAUCCAGUGGUUUAACAGCCCCACAAAAUGCAUCAAUAAAUAUGCAACUGCCUUCAAGAGAGACAAACUCCUAUUUUAAUAGCUUGGAGCAAAAGGACCUGAUGGGAUAUUCAUCCCCAAGGGCCAGUUCUGUGCCCAUCAUCCCUUCAGUGGGUCUAGAGGAAACCUGCAUGCAAAUGCCAGGGAUUUCUGAAGUCAAAAGCAUCAAAUGGUGCAAAAACUCCUACUCUGCUGAUAUUGUCAACGUGAGUAUUCCAGUCAGCGAUUGUCUUAUAGCAGAACAACAAGAGGUGAAAAUCUUGCUCGAAACUGUCCAGGAGCAGAUCCGAAUUCUGACUGAUGCCAGGCGGUCAGAAGACUACGAACUGGCCAGCGUAGAAACCGAGGACAGUGUGAGUGAAAACACAGCCUUUCUCCCCCUGAGUCCCACGGCCAAAUCAGAACGAGAGGCACAAUUUGUCUUAAGAAAUGAAAUACAGAGAGACCCUGCGUUGACCAAGUGACUUGACGUGUAGGAACCUGUGCAUUCUAUGCUUUGCUCAACAGGAAAGAGAGGAGAUUAAAUACAGAUUAUUUAUAUGCAUUAAUUUAAGAGCAUCUACUUAGAAGAAACCAAAUAGUCUAUCGCCCUCAUAUCAUAGUGUUUUUUAACAAAAUAUUUUUUUAAAGGGAAAGAAGCGUUUCAGGAGGGAUAAAGCUUACAACUAAAGCUUUGGGGUAGAAUUCUGAAUACCAUUUUGGUUAGUCCCAACACCGUCCUCUUUGGCUCUCGGUAGACGUGGGCAGUUCAGACCCUCAGCCCCACAGCGCCAGUGUCCUCGUAAAAAAGCACUGGUGGGCUCCCGGUUUCAAAGAGACGAGCUGUACCCCGAGGGCAGAUGCACCAGUGAGCAGGAGGCCCUGGCCAUUUGGCUUGCCAAGCCCAACCCCUAAAUUUCUAUUCAUUCGACAGCCUCAUCACAGGUUAUGUCAUGUCGACAAACGUUGUGUUUUGUACUUACUUUUCGCAGAAAGGCACAAAGACUGAAAGGAAAGGGACAGGAGACAGAGGGAGUCACGAGGCAAUCUUAGCUACUCUUACAGGCCAGCUUCCUCUGAAAUUUGAAGGCGCAGGAUCUCGGAGGGAGGUAUAAAAUUAUUACAGAAAAAGAGACAAAAACAUCACAAUGUCGUGUCACAAAAAUCAUGCUAAUAGAAAUGUUUUCCUUUGAGAUCAUUUAGGGCUCCGAAAGAGCAUUUCUUAGUGUGUAUGUGUGUGCCUCUGUGUGUGUGUGUGUGUGUGUACACACCUGUAUGGGACUGCUCCCUGGAGCACUGGUAUGCCGUAUGCACGUGUGUUCCUUGUGUGUAUGUGUGUGCACGUGUGUGCAUAUUAAGCUUGCUUAAAUUUGUUCUGAAACAUCAGGGAAUCUAAGAUUAAGGAAAAAAAAGGCAAAUUUCCCUCUUAGAUCUGUUCACUUUCAAUUUUUCCAUAAAGUAUAAAGUUCGGUUAGUAAAUCAAGAUCACUUGCAUGGCGGGGGUCCUAUAAACCUGUUGACAAUGUCUAGACCAUUUUCUGAUGUGAACUUUUUUGAGAGGAACAACUAAUUCUUGGCUCAUUAAUGAUAUCAGUAUCACAAGGCGAGCUGGGGAUGUGUGCUUAAUUUGAAUCAUGCGUACUCCUUAAAUUAUUUACACAGGCCAGGGAUCAAAUUGAGAGCUACCCUUUGCUUUCUCAUCAUCCUCAUUCUUACUGAUUUUGUAGCAAGUCUGCUAUGUGUGGACCAAGACACUGGCUUCUGUGGUUAACACGGAAAGAAUAAAUUGUUGAAAUCACAAAGCCCAGACUAUUCAGUUCACAGGGAGCCCCCAAAAGAACAGUAAAUUGUGUUGUAUGUUCAUUUGGAAUAAAGCAAUAUUUUUACCACUGCUAAGGUGAACUGAAACUUCUCCUAAAGGUUUGUCUGUUUUAUUUACCCUUAUUAUUUUCAUGGGGCAUUCAAGGAAAUUAGUGUUCCCAUAACCAGUCUUUUUCCAAUUAUUGGUGGUGUUGCGUUGUUAUGUUUACACUGUUUUAAAUAAAAAGGCACAGUAUUUGAAAGUA